CUAGCAGUGUUGUCCUAUGCCCAACCAGAACUCAUCGCUGUUCUAAAGCGAGAUGGCCUCAAUUCAUCUAGGCUAUGUGCCAGUCACCAAGCCACCAGCCCUGCUCUUCUCUGAUGACUGCGUGGCCGCAGAUGGGAUGUGUGUGGACAUUGGUGAUCUUAGUGAUGAAGCGAGGUCCCCCCCUUGUGACGCUGGAUCUCCCUGCAUGACUCGCUUGGUGCAACGAACGCUGUGUGAAGGCUUGGACUGUCCGCAUUUGCCGCGCUCUCGGAGCAAGGCGCGUAGGCAACAGAGAGAGAGGCAGCAACAGGUGGCUUUGUCCAAGUUCCUGGAGCGUUUCAAGUUCAGCAACAUCAACGGAACAAUCUUCGUGAAGGAUGAAGAGUUUGCUCCAAUCCAUGUUGCUUCAAAGCUGGCAAGUCAUCGCAUGGUGCGGCUGCUCCUAUCGUUCCAAGCAGAUCCCGCCAAGAAAACCUCUCAGGGCAGAACUGCGCUGGACCUUGCGGAGACGGCAGAAAACGACAGUGCCAAACGUCAGGUAGUGGACACCCUUUUGAAUUGGGAGAAAACCAUCAACAUGCGCGAGUUUCGGAGCAUAUGUUCCAGUAAAGUCAGUAAAGUAUGUGGGCAAAUGCCAAGGCUGCCAAGGGCAGUACCUGCAUACAGAAUCUGCCUGUAGUUGCGUCAUGCCAAAACGCUGGCCCUCUACUCUCAAGACAACUCAGGCCCCAAAGGUUGGUUUCUGGCUGCUAUUCUGUUC